UUUAGUAUACACUCGAAGCUCCACAAUCGAGGAGAGAUUCUACGGCCAAGGUUUCGCUUCUUCCUCUCCUCCUCCUCCUUAAUGGCGUUUUCUGAUGCAGCUUCCAUGGAAAGAAAAGUUGAGAAUUUGAGAGCCCUUGUGGUGGAGGUGGCCAGAUCGAAACGCCUGUUUCUUCCUGAUCCGAAGCUCCUUCAGCGGAAACUGUUGAACCUCUGUUCUUCCGGUACUCCUGAUCACCCUCCAUAUGGUGCUAUGAUACAUGAGGCGAUCACGGAGUUGAAUGAGGUAGGGGGUUCGAAUGAAGAAGCCAUAUCACAGUUUAUAAAAUCCAAGUACAACAACUUGCCACAUGCUCACACGAGCUUUCUCAGUCAUCAUCUAGCAAAGCUUGCGGAAAAAGAAGAGAUUCUUUGUGACGGUAACAACUGUUACACGCUGCCGAGGGAUAAUGAUGCUGCUUAUGUUACAGAAAUAGAGGUCGAUAAGAACUUGGUGAUUGAAGUUAUGACCGAUAAGAAGGAAGAGGAAAACGUUAAUAUUUUGGAAUAUGGGGAGCAUAAGGUUGAAAACGUGGGUAAAUUGUUGAAAGAACAGGAUUUGAUUACUGGAGCAGCAACCCAUGCAGAGGGCAAAGCAAGUGGUGAGAUUUUGAGAUUUGAAGUACUUGAAGCCAAGAACAGAGAUGAAUCCCUGGAAGAAGAUAGAUUGACAACCGCAGCGCAACUUCUCUCAGAAAAAGAUGAAAACAUUGCUGUUUUGCAAUCUGAAGGCCUUGAGAAUCAAACUCUGCACAAUUGUGAAUUGCUGGUAGAGGAAAAAGGGAAGGAAGAACUUGGCGGUGGGCAAUAUCGAGAAAAUCAAAUGCCGGUGGAAGGAGGUAGAGUGAAUUCUGAGGAUAAGGAGAUAGAAGGGAGUUUCGAAGUAAACAAUAGAGUUGAUGAAAGCCAGCAGAAACAAGAUCAAGAAAAUGAAGUGGAUGAGGUAGAAGAUCGGUGCGAGCAGAGUGAUGCAUUGAUGGAGGAUGCAAAUGAUGGAACGAGUAUAACUUCAAAGCAAGGAAAAACUGGAUUGCAUACAUCGGUUGAUACGGUGAAAGGAGCAUUCCGAGAAUUAGAGAGAAAUGAAGCGGAAGUGGGGAGAGAUGAAUAUAAGAGACUUUGUGAAAAGCAAACUGAAGCAUGCAGUGAUAUCCUUGCUCUAGAGAAAAUGCUAAAGCAAUGCAUGAGGAGCAAAGAGCAGAAUGAAGAUGUUUCAGCCCAAUAUAGCCCAUUUCACGCACAGCAUGAUGUUACUCGUCUUGGUUCACUGCCUUUAUCAAAGGAAAGCUGCAAACAGUUGUGGAAGUUUGUACACAAGAUACAGGGGCAGCUCUUUGAGAUUAUCGAUUCCUUUGACAUAGCUCAGGUUUCUAAUUCUGAAUCUCGGGGCAAUGGAGUGGAGAGCAUGGGAAAAGGACUCUUUCCAGAGGGUCCUAAGAAAGCGAAGAAUCCUUGCAAAACAGGAGAGAUUGGUUCUCAUACAAAGCCAAUCGUCGAGGAAACAAAAGUGAAAAGAUCUCCAGCCAUGGAAGCCGCAGAACUGGGGGAAUCAUUUCAUGAACAGAAGCAAAGGAAGCUUUGUGAUGGGCAAGCUUUUCAUUUGCUUGUCCCGGGUGGCCUGACAAGUGAUUCCUCAGUCAGUGAGGAGAUGGAAACAGAUAACCGAUCCACCGAAACAGUAGCCCACAUUUCUAACAAAGAAGAGCUGAUAUGUGUAGAAAAAGGUCUGUCUGAAAAGAAAUGCCAGCGAGAAAAACUGGAUCCCCCCGCAGAGAAACAAGAUCCAGUAGGUGAAAUGCAGAUUAAACCCAGAAAGCACGAUCAAGUGGCUCUCCAAAUAGAAAGAAACUGACACUGAGUUACGUAUACACUCGAUAACGCAAAGGGAAGAAGUUAGCGAGGCCAUCUACAACCGAUGGCACGGAGAAGGCAGCGGAUGUCGGAUUGGAACUCGAAUCUUCAAGAAGACUAGGAUCAAGUACUUAGGUUUAUCUUUACAUUAUUGGUGAUGUACAUCUAGGGGGAAACCCUACUGACAUUACCCACCUUCGGCAUUGUAUAUAAGGGGUAAACCCCUGAAUAUGAAUGGCAUCAAGAGAGAGAUUUGAU